AACUUGAAGCUGAAUCUAAAUGCAAGAAAAUGGAAGAAAAUAAUAAAUGACGAGGAAUUUGAACAAGAUAGUGUCUUAAUCUGUGUGUAACAUGUGUUCGAUAAUAUGCUCCACAGAGAGAACCCACUUGGAUUUUUUUCCCUUAAUCGCACUCCACAAUCUGUGCGUCUUGAGAGCAUGAAGAAAAUGGGGAAUUCCUUGUGCAUAGAUUGAGAUGGGUAUCUUGUUAAGGGUGUAGGGAAGGCGACGAGAUAAACGAUGUCGUUUCUUAAUUAUAUUUUUCACUUUUAUUGAAGGGUCGACGUGAGAUCCAAACAUAACGUGUUGGACUUCCCAAUUGUCACACAAAUGGAACUGCCUGUAACUCUGAGCCUCCGAGAAGUCCCUCUCACACCCAAACGAAACCACCCAAAGGAAUGGAAUUCAAUCAUUAAGCACCGCACGAAGCUGAAAGAUGAUCUUUCCAUUCUCACUACUUAUACCCAAAUGGCAUCUCUGGGCAUAGCCGCCGACAGUGACACUUUACCUCUCGUUCUUAAGGCGUGUUCAAGGUUAAAUGCCGUCGAGAGUGGCAAGAGCAUACACUCCAGUAUUCGGGGCACCAUUUUGAUCCGAGAUGUCCGAGUCGGGACCGCUCUGGUUGAUUUCUAUUGCAAAUGCGGGUUGAUCGAAGAAGCUCGUAAAGUAUUCGACGAAAUGGGUGAGAAAGAUGUGGUUUCGUGGAACGCGUUGAUUUCUGGGUAUGUGGGGUGUCGUUAUCAUGAGGAGGCGAUUUUGUUGUUUAGAGAGAUGGAAAGGGGGGGCUUCAGACCCAACUCACGUACUGUGGUAGCAUUGCUUUUGGCGUGUGAGGAGGUUUUGGAAUUGAGACUAGGACAAGAGAUGCAUGGUUAUUGUUUGAGGAAUGGACUGCUUGAUUUGAAUCCCCAUGUGGGCACUGCUUUGAUUGGGUUUUAUCUUAGAUUUGAUGCUAGAAUUUCGCGUCUUGUCUUUGAUUUAAUGGUUGUGAGGAGCAUCGUGAGUUGGAAUGCAAUGAUUAAUGGGUAUGUUGAUGUUGGGGAUUAUUUGGAAGCUUUAAAGCUUUUCUUGUCGAUGCUUAUGGAUGGAGUUCAUUUUGAUUCUGUUACAACGUUGGGUUGUAUCCAAGCUUGUGCGGAACUUGGAUAUCUCGGAUUGGGUAUGCAGAUUCACCAAAUGGCUAUUAAGUUGAAAUAUGCGAAUGAUUUGUAUGUUAUCAAUGCACUGCUUACUAUGUACAGUGAAAAUGGAAGUUUAGAUUCAGCCUACAAAUUGUUUGGUGGUACCCCUGCUCGUGAUGUUGCUUUGUGGAAUUCUAUGAUCUCUGCAUAUAUCAACUUUGGGGAUUUUGAGGAAGCCCUAAGUUUGUUUAGCAGUAUGAGAACUAAAGGCAUUAAAGAAGAUGAAAGAACAAUUGUUACUAUGCUUUCUUCUUGUUCAAAGUUAGCUGAUGGCUUGCGAAAGGGUAAAAGUUUGCAUGCUCAUGCAACCAAGAGCGGGAUGAAGAUGGAUGUUUCUCUAGGAAAUGCGUUGCUAAGUAUGUAUACUGAGCUAAAUUGCGUGGGAGCUGUUCAGAAGGUUUUUGCCAAGUUAAGUGAUUCAGAUAUAAUCUCAUGGAACACAUUGAUCUUGGCAUUGGCGCAUAACAAAAUGAGGAGUGAAGCAUGGAAACUCUUUGGGUUGAUGCGAGAAUCAGAAUUCAAACCUAAUCCUUACACGAUUAUAUCUAUCCUUGCUACUUGUGAUGAUGAAACUUGUCUGAAUAUUGGGCGAUCAAUUCAUGGCUUUGUGGUUAAACAUGCUAUUGAGAUAAACUUAUCUUUGAACACUGCUCUUACAGACAUGUACAUGAAAUCUGGUGAUGAAGCAUCGGCUAGGACUUUAUUUGACGGCUGUCCCAAACGAGACUUGAUCUCAUGGAAUGCAAUGAUCACUGGUUAUAUUAAUGACAACCAAGCUAUCAAAGCUCUAUACCUCUUUAAUCAUAUGAUUUCGGAAGUGGAACCAAACUCUCUUACGAUUAUGAGUGUUCUCUCAUCAUGUACAGACCUUGCCAAUCUGCCUCAAGGCAAAUGCUUGCAUGCUUAUGUAACUAGAAGGGACUCCUAUUUUGGUUUCAAUCUGUCUCUUGCAAAUGCUUUUAUAAUGAUGUAUGCAAGAUGUGGUAGCAUGCAAAGUGCUAAAUAUAUCUUCGAAACUUUACCAAGGAGAAAUAGUAUUGCAUGGAAUGCCAUGAUAAAUGGAUAUCGUAUGCAUGGUCGUGGAUAUGAUGCUAUUCAUUCCUUCUUGCAAAUGCUAGAAGAUGGUUAUACCCCAAAUGGAGCAACAUUUUUGUCUGUUAUAUCUGCCUGCAGCCAUUCAGGUUUUAUAGAGAAGGGAUUGGAGCUUUUUCAUUCCAUGGUGCAGGAUUUUAAGAUAGAACCUGAGCUUGUUCACUAUGGUUGCGUGGUUGAUCUGCUUGGUCGUGGAGGCCGCUUAGAUGAAGCUAGAGAGUUUAUUGAAUCAAUGCCCAUCAAACCAGAUGCAUCGGUGUGGAGAGCUUUGCUCAGUGCUUGUCGAGUUAAUUCUGAUAUUAAGCUAGCUGAAAACAUUUUUGAAAAACUUAUUGAGUUAGAACCCAUGAAUCCAGGGAAUUAUAUUUUGCUAUCUAAUAUCUAUGCUGCAGUAGGUCGUUGGUCGGAGGUUAGACACAUAAGAACAUGGCUCAGAGAGAAGGGUUUAAAUAAGCCUCCGGGAUUUAGUUGGAUUGUUGUUAGAAGUCAGCCCCACUAUUUUACUGCCAGCGACGUCUCACACCCUCAAUCAGAGAAAAUUUAUGAAAAUUUAAAUUCUUUAUUGUCCUUGAUCAAAGAAAAUGGAUAUGUUCCGGAUCUUUGUUUGAUUUCACAUGGUGAAGGCGAAUAUGGAUGAGUUGUUUCUGCAUUUCAGCUGAUCAACUCGGGGGGUCCUACAUCUACCCCUAUUAUGAUCUCGAGAAUCAAAAGGAUUUUGAUUACUCCUUAUUUAGCUCAUGUGGCUUUUGAUGCAGUUGGGAAUUCGGGAAUGGAGCAAUGUUAGGGACAAACCCUUUUUCAUUUUCAGGGUACCCUCAUGCAAGGAAUAUCACUAGAACAGGAUAAAGAAUGGACAAGAAUCUUUUACAGGAUUUCUGGUACUUCCUGCAAUGUUGUUAAAACAGAAGAAAAUCUUGCUAGACUGAUAUUCUUAUUAGCAUCAGCCUGGAACCAGGGGAAAGGAGUGAGAAGCAAUCCAAGAGGUUGGCUAUCCGCCCGUCUAAAAUGUAUUGGAACAACACUGCAUAUAUGAUGGAGCAUUGAUGGCAUCAAUUUUUUUCAUGCUGUCAUUCAACGGAGAACUCAGUAACAAGUGUCAUUAGAGCGCUUCAUCUCAGAGUUGCAACAAGAGACCAACAAAGGUGCUAAAAAAUAAGCAACAUGCGUUAAUGACAUUAGUAUUCUGGAUUACAUGAAUGUCAUUAGUGAUCUAUAUAUAUGUAUAUAAUUGUCAUACCAGGUUGAGAAGCUUUCAGAUGAA